AUGCUGGGACACCCUGGGGAUGACAGCACCCUGGGGCUGAGCCUCCCCACCAGCCAGCCCCCAGCACAGAGCACAGACAAGCCAGAGUGGUUCAGUGAGCUCCCGUACUUCUGGACCAAGGUGCAGGUGCUGGAAUGGAUCAGCUACCACGUGGAGAAGAACAAAUACGAUGCCAGCUCCAUCGACUUCUCCUGCUGCAACAUGGACGGGCACAUGCUCUGCCACUGCACCAGGGACCAGAUGCGCCUCAUCUUCGGGCCCCUGGGGGACGAGCUCUAUGACCGCUUGCACGAGAUCACCUCCGAUGAGCUGAACUGGAUCAUUGACUUGCUGGAAAAAGAGGAUGCAACUUCCCAAGAGACCUUCCUGGACUCCAGCCACCUGGAGCUGGGAAAUCCCUGUGCCAAUGACUCCCUGGAAGACAUGAAGCCCACAAACCCUUUCCUAUCCACAGACUUCACCUGCUUGCCUGGUGCCAUGUCCCCAGGCAGCUCUGAUGUCUCAGGGCCUGUGAUGUCCCACAGCCCCAACUCCCAGGACUCCGGUGGAAGUGACCUUGACCUCGACCUUGCAGAAGCAAAGCUCUUCCCUGAUGAUGGCUUUGCAGGGAGCAAGAAAGGGGACAGCAAACACGGCAAGCGGAAACGGGGGCGGCCCCGAAAGCUCAGUAAGGAGAGCAGAGACUGCCUGGAGAGCCGGAAGAACAAGCACUCCCCAAGAGGUACCCACCUGUGGGAGUUCAUCCGGGACAUCCUGAUCCACCCCGAGCUGAACGAGGGGCUGAUGAAGUGGGAGGACCGCCGGGAAGGUGUCUUCAAGUUCCUGCGCUCGGAGGCAGUGGCUCAGCUCUGGGGCCAGAAGAAGAAAAACAGCAGCAUGACCUACGAGAAGCUGAGCCGAGCCAUGCGAUAUUACUACAAACGGGAGAUCCUGGAGAGAGUCGAUGGGCGACGGCUGGUGUACAAGUUUGGGAAGAACUCCAGCGGCUGGAAGGAGGAGGAGGUGCUCAACAGGAACAAGGAGCUGUAG